UGACGAUUAUCUUGUCCUGUGAGACUCUUAUCCGGUGAGCAGACUCACCCAGACGAUUAAUUAACAAUACGUGAAUAUGUAGCCGACAGCUUCAAUCUGAUCAACUGCACCGUUUUUAUUGACAACCGGCAGAUUGGACGAACUGCAGGACGCUGCGACUCAGUCGACUUCAGGCAAAAAGGUGAUAAAACUGCAGUGAGAUAAAUCGACACAACAAACAGUUCAUCCAGCUGAGGAAGUGAAACUAUGGCAGCAUCAGCGAGAAGAGCACGUGGCUCGGAACUUCGGAUCAUGAUAUUUGGGAAGAGUCAAAAUGAAAAGUUAACACUGAGCAACUUCAUCACAGGGAAAGGAGGUCAUUCAAAGAUGUCUAUGAAAUGUAUUACCCAUGGAGUGUGGAAGAAAAUACCCAUAACAGUCGUGAUAACCCCAGACGUCUUCACUCUGCCUGCGGAUAAAGUGAGACUCAAGAUGAAGAUGUGUGCUGCUGACUGCCCCCCUGGACCAAAUGUGUUGCUGCUGUCACUCAACCCUUCUGAUUUCACUGAGGAGAACAGGCAGACGCUGAAAUUCAUCUUGAGCUUGUUUGGUCAAGAUGCUUUUCAAUACGCACUGGUCGUAACACCACACGACGACGAGGGAAAGAAUUUGGCGAUGGACCAAAUCAUCGAAGACUGUGAACAAAGGCAGCACAGACUUAACUUUGACAAUGAAGAUCAUUUCAAGGAGGAUUUCCAAGCACUGAUGGACAAGAUGCAGAACAUGGUGAGUCACAACCGGGGAGGACAUCUGAACUGUAGUGAAGAGGCUCAUCAUCAUCCCCAGAGUCAAGACCAUCUCUGGAUGGUAGAGACUGGUUAUGGGAAGAGUGCCACUGGAAACACCAAAAUUAGCGAUGUGGCAUCCAGAGGCUUCAAACCGCAAAUGGUUGCAAAGCCUCGGGUUAACCCGAAGCCUACCAAACAAGAAUCUUUGUUAAAGCCACAAGGUUAUAAAUAUCCGAGUAGAGAGUUGAGCAAGGUGGUGAAUGACAAAGAGCCUCUCCGGAUGGUACUGAUCGGAAAGACUGGUUGUGGGAAGAGCGCCACUGGAAACACCCUUUUGGGCAAAGAGUGCUUUCAUUCUAAAAUCAGUCAAAUGUCAGUGACCAAGCUUUGCAAAAUGGAAGAGGGAGAGAUUGACGGGCGGCCUAUCACUGUGGUCGACACCCCCGGCUUGUUCGACACGACUCUGUCCAAUGCAGAGGUUAAACAGGAGCUGGUGAAGUGCAUCAGCAUGUUGUCUCCUGGACCUCACGUGUUCUUACUGGUGCUGCAGAUCGGCCGCUUCACUAAAGAGGAAAGAAAAACUGUGGAGCUGGUCAAGGAGUUUUUUGGCGAGAAGUCAGAAGACUUCACUGUCUUUAUAUUCACCAGAGGUGAUGAGCUCCGAAAUCAAACAAUAGAGAGUUACAUUGAAGAAGACAGCGGAGAGUUUGUCAAAAAACUGAUCAGCGCAUGUGGAGGAAGAUACCAGGUCUUCAAUAAUAACGUUCAGAAUCAUCCUCAAGUCAGUCAGCUGCUGAGAAAGGUGGAGUCGAUGGUGAAGACGAAUGGCGGAAGCUACUACACCUCAGAGAUGUUCCAAGAAGCUGAGGCCGCCAUUCAAAAAGAAAUGCAGAAGAUACUGAAAGAGAAGCAAGAGGAGAUGCAGAGACAGAAGACGGACCUUGAAAGAAAACUCAGAGAAGAUAUGCAAGAGAAGAAGCAAAAAAUCAAUCAAGAAAGAGCGGAGAAAGACAAAGCACUUAAAGUAAAGUUGGAUCACAUUCACAAAGAGCAAAUGAUGAAGAACGGGGAAGAUGGCGAAAGAGAAGAGAAGCAAACAAGACUAAAAAAGCUCAGAGAAGAAUGUGAGGUGGAAAGAAAAGAACAACAACAAAUAAGAAAAGAAGAAGAUAAAAUCAGAAAUGAGCAGGAGAAACAACAAUGGAGAGAACUUCAUGAGAACUUUCAGAAGUACAUGGAGGAUAAGAAGAAUGAAGAGGAGGCAAGAAAGCAAGCGGUGGAGUUCAACGACUUCAGACAAAGGUACAGCACGGACCUUGCUGCUCUGGUGGAAACGCAUGACAAGGCAAUGGAGGACAUGAAGCAAAAAUACAAAGAAAACCUUGGGUUCAUGAUUGAACGCCUGACCAUUAACAAAACGUUCAAGAAGGACUUUGAGACGAUGAAGAAGAAACAAGAGCAAGAAAUCAAUGAGCUGGAACAGAAACUUUCUACACAAAGGGAAGACAUCAGCAAAGUGAGGACAUCACACGAGGAAGAAAUAGACAAGUGGAUUCAGCAACAUGUGAAGACAAAAACACAGGACAAGACCUGUUCCAUAUUAUGAGAUGUUUUCUCACAACUGCAGCAAGGUUUUGUUUACGAGAAAGACUUGAUCUUGUAUUGCGUUUCCUGUGGGACCAUUAACAAUUUUAAAUCAAACUUAAAGACCAACCAUUUUACCCUCCGCCUAGGAGGUUGUGUUUUUACGCCUGUUGUUUGGUUGAUCCUCCUGUCGGGUGGUUGGUUGGUCAGUCAGUUGGGUGGUUGGGUAGUUGGUUGGUUGGUCAGUCAGUUGGGUGUUUGGGUAGUUGGUUGGGUGGUCAGUCAGUUGGGUGGUUGGGUAGUUG